AUGUUAGACUAUUUUUUACGAUUCUGGAUCUAUAUUUUCGAUCGAUUAAUAUUAUACCCUCUGCUCAAGCAUUUCUCUAGAAAGGUUGGUACGCACUUUCUGAAUCUUGGUUAUUGGCCUACUACUACAUUCAAUGAUAACAGAAUCAUCAAAACAGUCGAGAGUAUCUUAGAAGGUGAAAAAGAUCCCAAACUUCCUCAUUAUUAUCUUUACGAAAAGGCUUUAAGUCUACACCAUGCCUAUCCACUUUUCUCUGGUCAUUCUAUAUUCGAAGUUGGAUGUGGUCAAGGUGAAGGCAUAGAAUGGAUUAAAAGAGCCCAUCCAGGAAUUAAAAAAAUCGAAGGACUCGACCCAAUACCUCAAAACCACCCGUUAAUAUAUAAAGGCUCUGCAGACAAGAUUCCUAUCGCCGAUUCCUCCAUGGACUUGGUGCUGAACAUAGAGUCAUCUCAUCUGUAUAAGAAUUGCCAAAAUUUUUUUUCGGAAAGCAUGCGAAUUUUGAAAAGUGGGGGAUACAUCUGCUGGGCAGAUUUACGUUACAAAGAGCAGAUCGAAGCAGUUAAAGAGCAGGCAGUAAGAGCAGGACUAAUUGAGCAGAAAUGGUUAGACAUUACUCCGAACGUGCUACAAGGAAUUCCACGAACUACCGUAUAUUACGAUAACGUGAUAGAUCAGGCUCCACUUCUGAUAAAAUUGUUCAAGAGCAGUUUAAGAACAACUUACUGUGCCCCAGGAACAAAAACGCACGCCAAGUUUGUGAAUGGCACGAAAGGAUACUAUUGCGCACUUUGGCAAAAACCUAUUUGA